AUGACAGGAGAUGAUAAGGAGGAAAUGACCCGAUUGAAGAAGUUAUUGGCUCAAGAAUUUGAGAUCAAGGAUCUUGGAAAAUUGCAAUACUUCUUGGGUAUCGAGGUUGCUAGAUCAAAUAGAGGAAUCUUUAUUUCCCAAAGAAAGUAUAUUCUAGACCUUUUGAAAGAAACUGGUAUGACUAGUUGCAAGCCAGCAGAAUCACCCAUGGAAAGCAAUCACAAACUACAAAGUGGAGUUGGAAAGUCAGUUGAUAAGGAGAGAUAUCAGAGGCUGGUUGGAAGACUCAUUUAUCUCUCUCACACUAGACCAGAUAUAGCUUAUUCAGUCAGCCUGGUGAGUCAGUUCAUGCAUGAUCCUCGAGAUCCUCAUAUGGAAGCUGUCUUUCGCAUUUUGCAGUAUCUGAAGUCUGCGCCAGGGAAAGGUCUACUUUUCUCCAGACAUGAUCACCUGAAAAUAGAAGCCUUUACAGAUGCGGAUUGGGCGGGGAUCUCUACGAUCGAAGAUCUACAUCCCGAUUCUUGUACACUCGUAGGAGGAAGCCUAGUCACUUGGAGAAGCAAGAAGCAAAGUGUUAUUGCUAGAUCAAGUGCGGAAGCAGAAUAUAGAGCUAUGGCUCAGGGUGUUUGUGAACUUUUAUGGUUACGAAAGCUAUUAGAGGAAUUGAGAUUGUCUGAAAAGGGAAAGAUUUCCUUGUAUUGUGACAACAAAGCUGCAAUCAAUAUAGCUCAUAAUGCAGGUUGA